AUGCCACCUGGGAAUCGGAUUUUCACUACUAUUGAUGUGAAUUACGGGCGCGAAGCGCUUCAACUGGCUCGUCGUUGGGAAAAAACUGUCCUCCGACAGGCCUCGACCUAUGCACAGCUCCAUUUCCUUCACAGAUGCCUUGCCAACUAUGUUAUGCCAAAAUGCCUCUCCUACAAGCCUCCAGUCAACACGGAAUUGGCUAAACAAACGGUGUUCCGCCAUAGUCGGCGAAUGACAAGGGUACUCAUACAAGAUUGUCACCUGCGACUUAAGAACUACGCACACAGUGCUGAAAACUACCGGAUGCUUGUUACAUGCCGGUGUGGGGAAUCGACUGCCGCCUCAUUGGAGAACACAUUACUAGCAUUGGGACGAAAGAAACGUGCUAACAGAGAUGCGGAUUUAUCGAUAAAGUUCAUGACACUGCAGACCGCACAAGACCAGGAAACCGAACAAACGAUAGUACGUAACCUCUCGUCAAAACAACUUACUGUGACCCAAACAAAAGUUCUACAACGUGGAUCUGGUUUUAACACAACUGACGCCGACCCGGUCACCUUCAUUGCUUCUUUCGAAUCAGUGCUUCGUCAAACCGGCGCCACAGACGAGGUAAAGGACCUCCUUCGACAUCAAGUCUCUUCACUUCUCAUGUCGCACCGGAAAACCCAUGCCCUGCUAAGAGAUGAACAAAAGGCCCUAAGGGAGCUAAAAACGGACACCGAAAUAGUUAUUCUGCCUGCUGACAAAGGCCGGUCAACCGUCAUCCUCGACAAGGUGGACUACCGACGCAAAGCCCUCCUGCUCCUCAACGAUCGAGAGUCCUACAAAGUCAGCGACGCCGCCAGUCAAAAGUCCCUAGUGGCAAAGGUUAACAGAACUCUGGCUCGACUAAAAAAAGGACAAGGUCAUCACCGUCAAAGACUGGUAUAUGGCAAAGCCCGCAGAAACCGCUAUGGCGAGAUUCUAUGGUCUCCCAAAAGUACACAAGCCAGAUGUUCCCCUCCGUCCUAUCGUCUCGCUCCGAGGCACACCCACAUACGGGCUUGCAAGCUGGCUAUUUCAGAAGCUAAGAUUCCUAACUGCAGGCUCACAAACAACGGUGCACUCAGCAGAACAAUUCCUUGA